AUGUCGAACAUUGCAUUUUUGUUCCUGCCUCUCGCGUUUUCUUCUCUUCCCGCUGUCCUACCUUUCGUGUCUCCCUCCUCUCAAGUGUUGAUAAAAUGUGUAUUUUCCCAGGAUGAAUCCUCUUCUCCGGAACAUGUCUUUAUUCCUUCGCUUCGUCUGGUCCACUCCAAGGUGCAACAACAGAACGAGACGCUGCGUGACGAGGCGAGUCGUGCGAAGCUGUGCGGAGCCGAGGCAACGAGGUUCGAUCGGCGCCUGGCCGAGCUGGCGGGAAGCUAUCAAGGCCUGUCCAGUGAAAUGGAGCUUCAGAUGCGACGAGUGGAGCAGAUGGAUGAUCGCCUGAGGACAUGGAAGCAAGAGCUCGAGGAAGCCAUGCAAAAGAAGUUUGCUGACUUGGAGCAGCGCUGUCAACAGAUGGAAUCCCUUGCUCGAUUGUCCUCUUCCUCCAGCGAAGACAUCAUCAGCCGCCUGUCUCGGCGCUUGCUCCGGGUGGAAUCGUGGAUCGAUGAGCGAACUGCUGUUGCGGAGGAUGUGAAUCAAAGCCUGGUCAAUCUCCAUGCUCGUGUCUCCCAGAUGGAAGAUGCUGAAGAUCUGAUAGCUGCUCCCAGCCCUGCGAUAUCAGCACAGUUGGCCACACAGGAGAGCGCUAUGGCCUUGCUAGAGAUGCGAAUGGCCGAUGUCAAUUUGGAGCUUCAGCUGUGGCGCGGUGAGCUACAAGAUCAGAUUCGAAGUUUGGAGCAGCGUCAGCACUUGGAUUUGGAGAUUUGCCAGCAAGAGCUUGCUAGCGGCCUUCGCAAACUGGCCGAAGUGGAAAGCCACCUGCAGGGUUCGCCCCCAACGGUGCCAGCAGCGACACCAGGUCCUGAGGAGUCAGUGACGCAAAAGAUUGCAGCUUUGUUGGAACAACUGCGAGAGGUUGCUCCCAAAGUCAUCAAACAUGAGGCAUUGCUGCAACGGCUGACUGAAAAUGAGAGACAUCAAAGUUUCGAUGGAGCCCUUCAACCUGCAACUGAAGUUGCUGAAGUUCCUCAUGCGAUCUCAUGA